AGUGCGGGCGCUGGAAGGCGGAAGUGGCGAGGAGUUGGGCGCCGCUUCUGUGGCCGCGGCAGGGAGAGCCUGUGAUGACAUGGCAGCCGCCAGCUCCAGCCGGGCGGGAGUGGCCGUGCCUUUUGAGAAGUCGCAGCUUACUUUGAAAGUGGUGUCAGCGAAGCCCAAGGUGCAUAGUCGGCAGCCUCGGAUUAACUCUUUUGUGGAAGUGGCCGUGGACGGACUCCCCAGUGAGACCAAGAAGACGGGGAAACGUAUUGGGAGCUCAGAGCUCCUCUGGAACGAGAUCAUCAUCCUGAAUGUCACAGCCCAGAGUCAUUUGGAUUUAAAGGUCUGGAGUUGCCACACCCUGAGAAACGAGUUGCUGGGCACCGCCUCGGUCAGCCUCUCCAGUGUGCUCAAGAACAAUGGGGGCAAAAUGGAGAACACUCAGCUGACGCUGAACCUGCAGACGGAGAACAAGGGCGGUGUUGUCUCAGGCGGUGAGCUGACCAUUUUCCUGGACGGGCCUACUGUUGAUCUGGGAAGCGUGCCUAAUGGCAGUGCUGUGACGGACGGAUCCCAGCCGCUGUCGAGAGAUGCCAGUUGCACCACUGUGGCUUCAGAGACCAGGCACCAAAGCCCCAGCACCAACUGCUUUGGCGGAAGAUCCCGGACGCACAGACAUCCUGGUGGCUCCUCUAGAACUACCACAGCAGGCAGCGAGCAGAGCCCUGCUGGGGGCAGCCGACACCGCCAGCCCGUCAAGAACCCGAACCAUGGUGGCUUGGCCAAUGGCACAGUGAAUGAUGACUCCGUGGCCACUGCCGAUCCUGAAGACUCCUCGGUCAUUGGUGUGACAUCCUUGCCUGUGGCUGUGGCCAGUGUGACCACCAACCCUGCCGUCACGUCUCUCCCUGCCCCGGCCGUGCCAGCUGAAGGAGAGCAGCCCAGCACUUCAGGCACCCCGCAGCUCCCCCCAACUGUCCCUGCCCUCGAUGUCCUACCUGCGGGAUGGGAGCAGCGAGAACUGCCCAACGGGCGUGUCUACUAUGUGGACCACAACACCAAGACCACCACCUGGGAGCGGCCUCUUCCUCCAGGCUGGGAGAAGCGCACUGACCCCCGCGGCAGGUUCUAUUAUGUGGAUCACAACACGAGGACUACCACCUGGCAGCGGCCCACAGCCGAGUAUGUUCGCAACUACGAGCAGUGGCAAUCGCAGCGCAGCCAGCUGCAGGGGGCCAUGCAGCACUUCAGCCAAAGAUUCCUCUACCAGUCCUCCAAUGUGCCCGUCGACCAGGACCCUCUGGGGCCUCUCCCACCAGGCUGGGAGAAGAGGCAGGACAAUGGCCGGGUGUAUUACGUGAACCACAAUACACGCACCACCCAGUGGGAGGACCCCCGCACCCAGGGGAUGAUCCAGGAGCCGGCACUGCCCCCAGGCUGGGAGAUGAAGUACACUAGUGAGGGUGUACGCUACUUUGUGGAUCACAACACCCGCACCACCACCUUCAAGGACCCGAGACCGGGCUUCGAGUCCGGGACCAAGCAAGGGUCCCCUGGUGCCUAUGACCGCAGCUUCCGGUGGAAGUACCACCAGUUCCGUUUCCUUUGCCACUCCAACGCCCUCCCCAGCCACGUGAAGGUCAGCGUGUCCAGACAGACACUCUUUGAGGAUUCUUUCCAACAGAUUAUGAACAUGAAGCCCUAUGACCUGCGCCGCCGCCUCUACAUCAUCAUGCGUGGCGAGGAGGGCCUAGACUACGGGGGCAUCGCUAGGGAGUGGUUCUUCCUCCUAUCCCAUGAAGUGCUCAACCCCAUGUACUGUCUCUUCGAGUAUGCCGGGAAGAACAAUUACUGCCUGCAGAUCAACCCUGCCUCCUCCAUCAACCCCGACCACCUCACCUACUUCCGCUUCAUCGGCAGGUUCAUUGCCAUGGCCCUAUACCAUGGCAAGUUCAUCGACACGGGCUUCACCCUGCCCUUCUACAAGCGCAUGCUCAACAAGAGGCCCACCCUGAAGGACCUGGAGUCCAUUGACCCUGAGUUCUACAACUCCAUCGUCUGGAUCAAAGAGAAUGAUCUGGAAGAAUGCGGCCUGGAGCUGUUCUUCAUCCAGGACAUGGAGAUUCUGGGCAAGGUGACCACACACGAGCUCAAGGAGGGCGGGGAGAACAUCCGGGUCACGGAAGAGAACAAGGAGGAGUACAUCAUGCUGCUGACCGACUGGCGCUUCACCCGGGGAGUGGAGGAGCAAACCAAGGCCUUCCUGGAUGGCUUCAACGAGGUGGCACCCCUGGAGUGGCUGCGCUACUUUGAUGAGAAGGAGCUGGAGCUGAUGCUGUGUGGCAUGCAGGAGAUUGACAUGAGCGACUGGCAGAGGAACACCAUCUACCGCCACUACACCAAGAACAGCAAGCAGGUUCAGUGGUUCUGGCAGGUUGUGAAGGAAAUGGACAAUGAGAAGCGCAUCCGCCUGCUGCAGUUUGUCACUGGGACCUGCCGCCUUCCUGUUGGCGGCUUCGCCGAGCUCAUCGGCAGCAAUGGGCCUCAAAAGUUCUGCAUUGACAAGGUGGGCAAGGAAGCCUGGCUGCCCCGAAGCCACACCUGCUUCAACCGCCUGGACCUCCCGCCCUACAAGAGCUACGAGCAGCUGAAGGAGAAGCUUCUCUAUGCCAUCGAGGAGACUGAGGGCUUCGGGCAGGAGUAACCCAACCCCUGUGCACAGUCCCGAGCCUGCUCUGAGGGUGGCCUGUGCGGGACUGUCGCCAGCUUGUGACAGUCUGGAGUAAAGCCCCCUCAUCGCCUUUGACCCUGGCGCCUGUCCCAGAGUCUGGGGGUUGUCCCCUUCCCUGCCUCCUGAGGCCUCCCCAUGGGCGUGCACAUCUGAGGGCAGCAGGCUGGGUUUCAAGGAAACAAGGAGGUAGCCACAAGGGGGCACUGACCCAUGGGGCGGGCCAGGGUCUAGCAAACAAACUGCUGUUUGCAGUGGAGUGAGGUGGGGAUGAUCACCCCACAGUGCCUCGUCCUUUCUGUGGGGGGCACGGGGAGAGGAGCUGGCAGAGCCUGGCACUGCUCCCCUGGACGCGAACUUGACAUCUGCUGUAUGUGAGGUUGCUGUUUCUAUGGUCAGUGCACUGCUGCCACUUCCUCCAGGAGCAGAGCGCUGGGGCUGCCGGCACCUCGGACCCUGGCCAUGUCCCAGACAGCUGCUUCUCGUGAGCAGCAGCUAAGCAGUGCUGAGGGCUCGGGCUAGCCUUUGAAAGAGGCCUGAGGCCU